AUGGCUACCGUUCAGCACCCCCAGCACCCCCAACCCGAUGCCUACCGUCUACCCAAUCCCGGUGCUUUCCAGCGCCCCCCUGAAAUGUACGGUCCUCCACCUCCCGUCGCUGCCCCCGUGGUACCUCCAGUCGUCUACCCAACGGCUGCUCCCCGACAAAGAACGGCCAUCGCAUGUCGCUACUGCCGCAGACGGAAGAUUCGAUGCUCCGGAUUUGACACGUCACAAGAUGGCCGAUGCAGCAACUGUGUGAGAUUUAACCAAGAUUGCAUGUUUACUCCAGUGUCUUCGCAGACACAAGCCUUCGUCCCUGCUCAUGCAGCAUACCCACAUCUUCGCAACAUGCCCAACGGACCACGCAUUGGAGGUCGAGGAGAACCUGUGAUCUUGUACGGUGCCCACGGCCAACCAUUGCCACCACCCCAUCUUGGCCAUGCACCGGACAGCACGCUGCCCAUGCCUCCGGUAAUGUACCCACACCCGUACGGAAGGUCAGGACCCAUCCCAGUGACGCUACCAAGUGGCCAGCCUAUCCCCCUGGCCCAUCCUGUCUUGCUUCAUGAUCCUGUGAGUCGCAAACGCCCCCAUCCUGACGAGGCUGCACUCUCCCCAUCCCCUGGCCAUUCUCCAUCCGUGUCUAGCUCUAAUUCCUCACGCUCCUCUCCACAGCGAGCACCCCAAGGACGCCGUGAAUCAGUUAUCGGGUACGAUUAUUCUGGAGCUCCUACCCUCCCUCCGGUGCCUGCUGCCACCUCUGGUGCAGGCUAUUCGCCCCAUCCCGCUGCCGUCGGCCAAGGACCGUUCUACUCCCCUUCCCAGUCGGAGUCAAGGAGGCUUUCCUCUCAUUCAUCCUACUCGUUUGACCAGUCAAACCCGCCUGCCAACGCUACCCUUCCAGCACCGAACCUUCCGUACCCAAGUAUUCAGCAGCCACCACCACCGCCCCAAUCUCCUUCCAGUGGGAGAGAUUCUGAUCGCACUCCACCACCCGGACAAGCAUCCAAUGGGAGACGCAGCGGGCUUAGCGUGACGGACAUGCUCGUUCCUGCGGAACCACAGAGCUUCCGCAGCGAUGCAGAUAGUCGUAUGGUCAGCGCGCUCGACAGGCAAGGCCUGAACCGCUAG